UAUAAAUAGAUAGAAACCCCUUUUACCCGGGAGAUAUAGAGGGAACGGUAGCUUGUAUUGUGAUAAACCUGUCACACAUACCUGACACAUACCAGUGCCAGUGGGGCGGACCACCAUCAGGCUUGAAAUAUAUAUGAUGUUGACUUCAUCGGUGGUCAAGAAGUUGAUUGUCGGCCAAAACAGUCGCUUAUUAUCACUCAGAGCUGUUUUGGCCGCAAAUGGUGGU